AAACACAAUUCCAGGCAGAAACAAUAAAACAUAUUGAGAAGAAAAUGUUUCAGACAAAAAAAAGUAGUUUCCAGAAUUCAUAAAUAAAAUGUUUAAUUAAGAAACCCAAAAAGAUGAGCACUAUCACAGAUUGGAUGAUGACGUUUGCACACCUUUCAACAGGAAGUUAUCUGGCAUGGCAAUAUCUUUUGUCAGAAGGUACAUUUUACAGCUUCGGGCCACGGUCACUGCAAAAGUUCAGUGAUUAGUAAAGCUUUCCCUCUUUUUCAAAAGUCAUCAUCCAAUCAAUGAUGUCAAUAUUUCAUUUCAUUUUUUGUUAGUUGGUUUGGGUUUCUGGAAAAGACUGCAAAUGUUUUAAUUGUUUGUUUGUUUUAAUUUCUGAAAGGUCAUGUUUUUGUAUUAUUUGCUGCAGUCUCUCUGAGGUCCACUGGCCGGUGUGUUUAGCGCUUUGUGAUGAGGUGUGAAGAAUCCCUGAUGGCGUUCUGCUCUGAAUGCACACCUUUGAGGAGUGGUGUUAUGGAUGGAGAUGAUUUCCUCCACCACACACCUCACCAUCACACAUAGAGCUGGUUAGGAUGCUUGUCUGUAUGUGGUGAGAGCUGGAGGAGGCAGAUACAGCUGCUGCUGCAACGUCUUAACAGAGUUUCAGUGAUGUUCACUCCCUCCGUGAAGCUCCUCAGCAGCCUUGUGGAUGUAAAGAGGAGCAGGGUUGUUUUCCCAGCUCCUUAAUGCCUAAAUACUAAAUGGUGUCUUUACAACAAUCAAUUUAUUAUUUGUAUAGCACUUAUAAAAGCAGAGGCAACCAAAGGACUUAACAUAAAAUCAGAAACAAUAUGAUACAAUAAAGAAACAACAGUAAUAAGAAUAAUAAAAUUAAGAAGCUGGCGCCCUAAAUCCGCUCACUGGAGUUUAAAAGCUGAGUAAAACGAUGAGUUUCUAAAAGUGUCUGUCAGUCAGUCCAGUUUUUCUCAGUCGACCGGAUGGUCGUCGUCGCUCAUGCAGCUUGUCCCAGUUCUGUGAUGAAGGAGGCGGUUGUUAUUCUUCAAGGUGAACAGAGGUCAAUGCACAGUUCUGAGAAUGAUGAACCGGGUGGGUUUAUCUGUCAGAUUGCGAUGAUGGGAGUGAUGAGGCCUCCUGCCCUCUCAUCACCUGCAGCUCUGCAUCCUUCCAGUGCAACAACAGCAUCUGCAUCCCUCGCCAGUGGGCCUGUGACGGUUACGACUGCCUUGAUGGCUCAGACGAGUGGCCCCAGAGCUGCCACGCCGAAUCCCCCGUGACGCUCGCCUCUCAUCAGUGCCACUCGAUGGAGUUCCACUGUGGCAGCGGAGAGUGCAUCCACGGCAGCUGGAAGUGUGAUGGAGAUGCUGACUGCUUGGAUGGAUCUGAUGAAGCUGGCUGCACUCGCUCCACCUGCUGUCCAGAUGAGUUUGAAUGUGGCGACGGAACCUGCAUCCACGGCAGUCGCCAGUGCAACCAGCAGUACGACUGCAGAGACACGACUGACGAAUCCGGCUGUGUCAACGUGACCCGCUGUGAGGGCCCGGACAAGUUCAAGUGCCGCAGUGGGGAGUGCAUAACCAUGGAGAGAGUGUGUGACAGCAAACGGGACUGCAGGGAUUGGUCAGAUGAGCCUCUUCGGGAAUGUGGCUCCAACGAAUGUCUUUACAACAAUGGCGGCUGCUCUCACAUUUGCAAUGACCUGAAAAUCGGCCAUGAGUGCUUGUGUCCCACUGGAUAUAGCCUCAGAGACAAAAGACGGUGCGAAGAUAUUGAUGAGUGCGCCAGUCCAGACACCUGCAGCCAGACCUGCAUUAACACGAUGGGCAGCUACAAAUGUGAAUGUGAGGAGGGAUACCAGGUUGACCCAGUAACCAAAGCAUGCAAAUCUAUUGGUACAAUAGCCUACCUCUUCUUCACCAAUCGUCAUGAAGUGAGAAAGAUGACUCUUGACAAAAGCGAGUACACUCGAGUAAUUCCCCGCCUAAAGAAUGUGGUGGCGCUGGACAUUGACGUAGCCACUAAAGAGAUCUACUGGUCAGACAUUUCUCUGAAGAAAAUCUACAGAACAAACAUAGACUCAGCUGACGACUCGACUCAGCACCAAACCAUCAUCGACAGCGACGUUGAUGCCCCUGAAGGAAUCGCCUACGACUGGGUCCAUAAAAACCUCUAUUGGACUGACAGUAUUCGUAGCACUAUCUCUGUGGCAACCGCUGAUGGCAGCCAUCGCAAAACUCUCUUCCACCAAGGCUUGUCGAAGCCUCGGGCGAUAGUGGUCGACCCCCAUAGCAACUUUCUUUACUGGACUGAUUGGGGAAAUCCGGCUAAGAUCGAGAAGGGAGGUCUCAAUGGUGUGUUUGUACUUCUUCAUGAUGCUCUCUGUGCUUUAAAUGGACCUCUGAGACUAUCACAGAGCAGGUGCAUUGAUAUGGAGACUUGAAUAGGUGGAUUCUAUUUAUCCUCAUUGGUCAUUUAGGUCAAACAUUGGAUCAUUCAGAGAUCCUCACUGAACACCUGGAGAGACUUUGCUGCACUGAAUGUAAAAGGAGCUAAAUUAUUUUGCCCAAUAUUUAAUUUUUUUAUUUGUUAAACAAGUUUUAAAUAUCCAAUAAAUUUUAUUACACUUCA